AUGAGCAACAUUUCAUCUUGGGAUUAUGGACUCCGAGAAAUCGAUGAAAAGGGGGGGCAUCUGUACGACAAUCUUGAAGCCGCACACGUCUUCCGACGAGAAACCCUCGAAUACGUGCGAUACUGCCUUCGUCUUUCCUCCGACAAUGAGGCCUCCCAUGAAGUCCCGACGAACUAUAUCAUCGCUUUUUUCAAAGUAAUUGGCGAUGCGGUGUGCGAGGCUUAUGACUACGAUCACCGAGAGCUUCUUUUCGAUGAGAUCAAGUUCUUCAUAGAGACCUCCGAAACAGAACAGCAGCGUCGGCUUGGCCCUGAGCUCCCGUCUACGCGAGAAUACAUUGCAACCAGGAUGGGAACAGGCGCAGUCAACGUCUGCUUGUUCUUCAUUGACUAUGCCUGCGGGGUCUCUGUCCCGAUCGAAGCCCUCAGAGAGGUGGAAAUGAGGACAUUAUGGGACCAGGCGAACAUUCUCGUAUGGGCCGUCAAUGACCUCCUCUCUCUUAAGAAAGAGAUAGCACAGCAAACGGUCGAGAGCGUUGUCCCCUUGCUCUUCAGAGAAACGGAAAGCCUUGAUGUUGCAGUAUCCAUGGUCACUGAAAUGAUCCACAAGGCUAUCACUGAAUUCAACCAUGCUGCCGAGUGCCUGAUAGCUAAGUUUUCCGAUGAUGAAACAUUAGCGGCUAACCUCAAGACUUACAUUGAUGGUUGUAAAUACAUCUGCACUGGCAACCUGACUUGGAGUCUUCAGACAGGCCGAUAUGGCGUUUCGCAGCAUUCAAUUUCCGGGGGCUUGGUUAUGCGCUUGUAA